AUUACCGUUGCUGUAACUUGGAGCUUAUCUAAUAAGUAACCAAGCCGCAAAGCUACUGAAGAGCGUUAUAUACACAGCGUGACAACAUCAGGAUGAAAGCAACAAUAUGAUGUCUCUCCCUUGCAGAAGCUGUUGGAGAGAGGGGCCAGUAGCACUGCAGCGCUAAUAACGCCGCAGAAUACGCAAGCGACAGCGUAUGCCUCGAUGCGCAGUAUAUUCAGAAUGAUUGCAAAGCUGCAAAAAUUGUGGAUAGUCGCAAGUGGACCAGCGUCGAGGUGACAUCAAUAGCUCACUAUCGGGUUCAGCACGGAGGACGCAGCCGACGCGUUACUGGCAGUCUUUAAGUUCUAUUAGCUUCAAUGAAUGGGGCCACAUGGAACGGGCCCAGUACUAAGCGCCCUGGCGUUGCUGGCUCCGGGCGAGCAGCUUCGCCAGCGGCUCGGGCGCCGGCGGGCGGCGUUGGCACUGGUGUGUCAGCAAAGGCGCCAACACCCUCCGCCGAUGCCGCAGCCCCGCCAGCUCCAGGCAGCUCCGCCGCUGGCGCCAGGCGGCCGUCGCCUCCGGCAGCUGCAUUGGCCUCCGGCAGUUUCGUAAGCCCGGCUCCUCCGUCCGGCGCCCUCUCGGCCGAUCCGGGGCUGCUGGGGCAGGGUCUCGGCACCUUGGGCGCCCCAGGCCGCGGCUUCGCAGCAGGCGGACCGCAACCCAGCCAGGCUGGCGGUGCUUUGGCCUCCGGAACGAACUUCCACACGAACACACACACGCCGCUGUCGAACAGCCCAGUGCCCACACUAGCGCGGAAGGGCAGCAGCAACGCCACAGCCGCCGGCAUCGCCACCAGCGCUGGCGCGGCGUUAUCUGGUGGCGACGGCGUGAGUGCAGCGGUGGCGGUGCCGCCGGCGUCGGGCGCAGGUGCUACAGCCUCCCGGCCGCCGCCAGUGCCCGGCUACGCGCCCGUGCACCUGGUGCAGCCGCCGGCUGCUACAGCCAGCCCCGCGCGGCGCGGCAGCGGCAACGGCAAUGGCGACGAGACGCCGCGACAAGGCGCGACCCAACAGCAGCAACAGCAGCAACAGCAGCAGCAGUUGUUUGGCCGGCGGUCAAGCCGCUCUGUGGUGGCGGCCGAGGGACCCCUGGACCCGACCGGGGCUGCCGGCAGCGCAGCCGGUGCGCCUGCAGCGGCGCGAACAGCGCCGGGCACGAUUGGUGGCGGCGGCGGCGGCGGUGGCGGCGGUAGCAGUCGGAACUCGCCUGCACGGCAGCGGAUGACGUCGGAGGGGCCAGCGCUCUCUGCCCCAGUGCAUUCGACGCCGGCGCGACUGCAGCAGUCUCCGCCGCGGCAGCAGCAGCAAUCUCCGCCGCGGCAGCCGCAGGCGGGGGCCGCGCAGGGCAUGGCUGCGGCCUCCACCUCCACUUCUGCGCCCGUGCCGAUGCCGGCGUCGCGGACUGCUGCCAGCAAGCCGCCGGCGACUGCCGGCGGCAACAGCCGCAUAGGAGCCGCCGCCGGCAGUAUCCUGCUGGCCGCGUCGCCGCCUGCCGCCGCUGGCGCUGGCGCCAGCAGCAGCCUAGGCGCUGCCACCGCUGGCGGCCGCAUCCCGCGUUCGUCUUCCCUGGCAAAGCGGACCCCUGAGCCAUCUUCCUCCACCAGUGGUGGCGGCUCCGCCUCGCAGUUUCCCUUCACUGCUGAGGAGCUGCUGACGCCGCCGCCGCCGACUGCCACCGCCUCGCCCGGCUCGUGCGCGGGAGGUGUCGGCGAUCCAAUGCUGCUGCGGCGGGCCGGCUCCCGUAACAGCGCCAGCAGCAGCUACGGCACUGCUAGCAACCAGCAGCAGCAGCAGCAGCAGCAGCAGCAGCAGCAGCAGCAGCAGCAGCAGCGCACGAUGUCGAGCAACGGCUUCGCGUUGCCAGGCGGCGGCGCCGGCGGCGCAGCUGCCGCAGUCAGCGGCGGCGCCGGCGGAGCCGGCGGAGUUCGUCCGCCGCUGACCCGCUCCAUCACGCCACCGAGUCCCACUGCCGCCGUCAAUGCCCCCGCCAUGCAAACUUCACUAUCAGGUGCCUCGAUGCCAGGUGCCGCCACUGCCAGCAGCCCAGCCGGAGGCCGCCGCGCGGGUCAAGGCGUGCGCCCCCCGGCAGGCCCCAGCGCCCCCUUCGCCGGAGUUGCAACUUCUGCCAGCUUCGCCAGCGGCGGCGGCAGUGGCGGCGGCAGCACAAGCCCCAUGGGCAGGAGCUUGUCGGCAAUCAUGGCUGGCGGCGGCGGCGCUGGCGGCGGUGGCCCUGGCGGCGGUGCUAAUGGGGCCUUCGCUGCAAGCCACAAGACCGGGUCGGAGUCGGGAGCGGCGCCCGGCGCAGGGUCGGCGUCAGGGGCUGAAGGCCACUCGUCCGCAGGUGUCACUAGCAGCGGCGGCAGUGGCGCGCUCUUGCUCGAGGGGCGGGCCAGCGGCGGCGGCGGCGGUGGCCUCCCAGGGCUAGCGGCUGGACGCGAGCGCGGCCGGCCGAGCCCCAUCCCACGCCGCGCCGCCAACCCCACCGUGGCGGCGCUGGCGGCAGCAGCAGCGGCGGCGGCGGCGGACAGUGACGGCAGCAGCGAGGGUGGCAGCCUGGCAACGACGGCGCGCGGCGGCAUCACGGCUGCUGCUACUGCUGCUGCUGGCGGUGGCGGUGGUGGUGGCGGCAGGGGCGCGUCGCCGCAGCGACAGCGGGCGCCGCAGGCCCACGCGGCAGGGGGCGCCGCAGCGGUUGCUGAGGCUGCUGCAACGGCGGCGGCGGCGGUGGCUGCGGGGUCGCGUCCAGCCAGCGCGGCGACCAGUGUUACUCCUGCAGAGCCGCCGCCGCAGCCGCGCCUGCUGCACGUGCAGCCGGCAACCGCACACGGCGUCGCCGCCUCCGCAGGCGGCGCGGCGGCGGGGCAGCACCCGCCGCUGCCGGACGGCAUCACCGGCCGCCUCAUUGUCCGCACCCCCGCCAACGGCGCCGCGUCAGGCGCUGCACACGGCCAACCUCAGGCUUCCUUCCUGGGCUUUGACGCCCGUCCACACCAGCAGCCGCACCACCACGACCUUCGCGGCAGCGGCAUCGAAAGCGAAAGCGACGGCAGUGGCGGCGACUCGGAACUGCCGCCAUCGGCGUUCGCAAGCGCAUCUGCCGCCACCGCUGCCGUCGGUGGCUGCGGCUGCGGCUGCGGCGCUGCUACGGCAGUGGAGCGGUCGAUGCCGUCGCUGGGAGGAGGCAUUGCGGAGUCGCCGCCGGCGUUCACGCCGUCGCCCUCGCUCCUGCUUGGCGCCUCGCCGCUCCAGCAGCAGCUGUUUAAGAGCGGCCUCGGGAGUGGCGGUGUGGAGGGCGUGCUGCGGGAGGGCGCGGACCGACUGGCGGCGCUGCUGCAGCUGCAACAGGAGCUGCGGGAGCAGCAGCGGGAGCUGCGGCGCCAGCAGCAGCAGCAACAACAGCAGCAGCAGCAGCAGGAGCACCGCCGGGGCGGAGCGGGUGAAGGCCCAGGGUCAGCGCAGGAGGAGGAGGACGAGGAGGAGGAAGAGGGCGAUAGGCUGGUGAGCGGGGAGGCAAGGGCCGGGCAGCAGCCGGGGCAGCAGCUGAUGCACAUCCGGCUGCACAACCGGUCCCAGCCGCAGGCGACGACCUCAAGUCUGGCCAGUGGCGCAGCCGCAGCAACGGACCAGCACCUCCCCAGCAGCAAAGGUGGUGAGCGCGUUUCAUUAAACGCCGCCCGGCCGCGGACGGCUGCGCCCAGGAAAGCCAGCAGCGCUCGCCAGAGCCCAUCCGCGUCUCCAGCCAAGCUGCGGCAGCAAGGCGGUGGUACUACUGAAGUACGAAGUGGCGGCCGUGGCGGCGGCGGUGGCGGCGGAGGCGGUGGUGAGGGUGGCGACAGCAGCAGCCCCGGCCGACUGGCGACGUUAUGGGCACUGGUAGAGGGAGGCGCGGCGCCGGCGGCGGUGUGGGAGCACCUGCGUACGUGCGCACCCUGGUCGCGUGAGGAACUCACCGCACGCGGCACGGGGGGCCGCACGCUGUUGCACGCAGCGGCGGCUGGCAGUCCGCCUGGCGGCGGCGCCGCCGCGUCCUCGCCCCAGACCGCGACCGCGUACACCAUCGGCAAUACCAGCGGCAGCGGGCGGGCCACACGGCGGCGGCGUUCCCCGGCCGAGCAGGAGCGAGUGGCGGCGGUGUGUGGUGUGCUGCUGCGGGCGGCGGGCGGCGCCGUGGCGGACGAAUUGUUGGCGGCGCGUGAGGACGAGUCCGGCUACACAGCGCUGCACCUGGCGUUGCUCGGUCGCGCCACACCCCUGGUGGCCACACUGCUGAGCGCCGGCGGCGGCAGCAGCUGCGGUCGCGACUGCCGGCCCUUCUUGGACCUCACUUGCAAGGUGGCUGGGCAGAACGCGCUCCACAUGGCAAUGCGCGGCUGCGACGCGGCGGCGGCACUGCAGCUGCUGGCGGCGGGCGCCGACCCUCGCGUGCAGGACCAGGCGGGACGCUGCGCCGCCAGCCUGGGACUGCGGCCCAUGGGCAGAUCUGGAUCCAGCUCGCGGGUCCAGCGCCGUAACCGAACGGUUUUGGGAUCCGGAUCCGGGUUCGAUUCCGGUGACGAGGACGGCGCCAUGGAUCCGGAUCCAGCUGGUGCCGGAGGUGGAAGUGGCGGUGGUGGGGUCGGAGGGGAUGGGCGGGAGGUGACGCUGCUUGAGGGCUUACUGCGAGGACUGCUGCCAGCGCUCCAGUCCCACCUGCAAGACGGCGGCACGUCGCCAGUGUCGUCGUCGUCGUCGUCGUUGUCGGCGGCGGCGGCGGGCAAGCGAACUGCGGGCGGUGUCGGUGGCGGCGACCGGAGCCUCGUGGCGGGCUCGGACGUGGAGGGCGAACUUCGUGGUGCAGCCCUUGUCAACGUGCGGGUGGGCAUAGCGCACAUGCUGCAGGUGCUGCAGGCGCACCAGCCCAAGACCGCCGCCGCCCUGCUGGAAAUGUCACUGCGCCACAUGCGCCGCCGCCACGCCGAGGGCGCCGCCAGUCGCAGCAGCGGCGGCGGCGGCGGCGGCGGCGGAUGCGGUGGCGGCGGCGGCGGCGGCGGCGGCGGCGGCGGCGGCGGCGGCGGCGGCGGCGGCGGCGGCGGCGGAGGCGGUGGAGGCGGCGGCGCGGGACCAACGUCUCCUCCCUGCUCGCCGGCGCUCAAGCAAUGCAGCAACAGUGCUGCGGGCGCAGUGGUGACCCCGUGCUCACAGGCGUCGCGCUGCUGCCUGGCGGCAGCCGAUGCCUGGGAGCUGGUGGCGGCGGCGUGCCGGCUGGCUAUGGCGGCUCCGACCGGCGGCGGUGUCUCGGCCGCAUUGGCGGCAGGGCCAGCCGGCGGCGGCGGCGGUGCGGACGGCGGCGGCGCCGGUGGCAGCGACUACCCGCAUUAUGUGGCCAGGGAGGUGCUGACGCACUUCCCGGAGGCUGCGGCGCAUUUCGGGGGCUGCGGCGCGGCGGCGGCUUGCAUCGCCGCGUGCUGCCCCAGCGUGGCGGCGGAGGUGGCGGAACACGCGGCCAGGCACGGGGGCCCGGAGCUGCAGGCGGCAUUCGCGCGCAGCUUCAGCCUGCGCGGCCUCCACACAGCCGUCCACGCCUACCUCUUCCCCGAGCUCGCUACCGCCAGUGCCACCGCUUCCGGCAGUGGCGUCGACGCCGACGCCACCGCACCUGGCAGCAGCUGCAGCUUCAUAGGCGCGGUCGCCAUCGCAGGCCCUGCUGUGCCCCAGGCCCGGGCCCCAGGCCAGCAGACGCCGCAUAGCAGUGGUGACGUGGAGGCGCCGGCGGCGGCGGCACAGGCUGCCGGCUGGCGCCGCUGUUGCGGCUGCUGCUGCGGCUGCUGCUGCGGCGCACGCCUGGGGUGCUGCUCCCCUGGAAGGGGUGCUACUGCUGUCACGCGUCCGGCGGGCGCAAAGUGCGGCGGAGGUGCCGAGAAGCUGGCCUGCUCCUGCUGCCAGGGCGAGGCGUGUGCAGCAGGAGCUGCCACCGGGGACGCCCCUUCGGGCGAGCUGGUCUGGCAUCCAGAGGCCCGGCGUGUCUUGAACCAGCUGUACUCCGGCCUCGCUACAGGGGCCGAGCGGGCGGCGGUGGCUGCGGCGCACGGCAACGGCAGCGGCGGUAGCGGCAGCGGUACUGCUGGAGGCGGCGCCGCACUGGCGUUUGCGCUGCUGCAACACGCGGAGAUGCGCCAGCCAAGGGCCGAGCGGGAUGCCUCCGGUUGCGGCUGCGGCCAAGCGGGUACCCGUUGCUGCAGCGGUGGCCUUGGCUGUGGCAGGUGCUGCGGUGGCCUUGGCUGUGGCAGGUGCAAUGGCGGUGGUGGUAGGCAGGCUGCUGUGGAGUGCGAGGCGGAGGACGAAGCUGGGGAGGCACACGGUGUCCUGGUGGACCUGGCAGGCACGACCGCCUUCGGUCGGCUGCUACGCGUCCUCGCCUUCUCCGCCGCCGCCGCCGCAGCCUCCGUUGACGGCGGCUUGUCACUAGCCACCGACACCUGUAGUGCGAGCAGCAGCAGCAGCUGCAGUAGCCCGGGAGUGCCGCCGGGCGGCUUUGCUGCAACUGCGGCAGCAGCUGUCACCGCCCACCUUGCACAGGGCCUACACGCCGCCGCCGACGCGCACCGCCGCACGUGCAGCAGCAGCGAUAGCAAUGCCGACAACGACAAGAGGGGGCGCCGCUGCGGCGCGAAGGCGGCAGUGGCUGCAAGCAUCAAUGGCGGCGCGGCGCCGCUGCCUGUUGGCGGCGGCUGUUUUGGCGACACGGGUGACGGCAGCGGCGCGCUCGACGCGGGGCGGCUGCUGACAGCGGCCCUGGCAAGCACCGACCCGCCCGGGGCUGUGUUGGCAGUAGCAGCCUGCUGCCGCCGCUGGGUGGAGGCGCAGCAGGGUCUGCGGCUGCGGCUGCUACAGUCGGGAGCCGCCGGCGGCCGCGAGGGCGCGCUGCUACUGCCGCCGCCGCCGUUCCUCUCCGGCCUGCGGCCGGUGCUACUGCGCGCCGUGCUGAAUGACCACCCGCGCGCUGCCGGCGAGCUGCUGCAGCUCCCCAGCACCGCCUGGAGCUUCGCUUCUGCUACUGCUUCUGUCGGUACGGCAGGAGGCCUCCGCACGGGCAGUAGCAGGGCACCUGGCGGGCAAAGCCGAAGCCGCAGCGUUCGGGUGUCUGCCUCGGGAAACCCGCAGCUGGUCUGGAGUGUCGAGGACGCGGCGGUGGCUGCGGCUGUGGGGCUGGACAGCAGAGUCUGGCCUGUGGAGGUGAUGGCUGCGGUGCGGGAGCACUUGGCCGCACUCAAGCUCGCCUACGGCCGUGGCGGUCGAGGUGCUACUGCCGGCGGCGGCACCGGCAACGAGGUAUCCGCUAGCGGACCCAAACAGCACGGGGCUCUGGUGCAGGGCGAUGAGCAGAGCCAGCAGGAGCAGCAGCAGGAGCAGCGGCGGUCGCCGCAGGGCGGCAACGGGUCGGUCUCGGCGUCACGGCAGCAGCUAGAUGCGUUGAUGGCGGCGGUGGUGCGGGCGCGCGGCAGCGCAGGAGGGGGCGGUGAUCAGGGCAAGGCCGCGGCUUCUCCCAGAGAAGGAUUCAGCGACAACGAGGAGCAGGAAGAUGGGGGUGACAGCAGCUCAGGCAGUGCUGAUGGUGCCACGGCCGCGGCUGGGGCCGCGGCGGAAGACGCGCUGCUUCAGCAGCUCGCGGCCGCCGGUAAUGCCCACCGCAAACCCAGCUCCCUGCCUCCCAUUCUGCCCCUGGGCAGUCGCGGCACCGCUGCAGUGGCCCAAGGGGCUGUAGCAGCGGACGCCAACAGCAGUAGCAGCGCCGCCGGCUCCCCUGCCAGCUCCCUUCCCACCGGGCCGGCGUCGCCGGGCCCCGGCCCGGGCCUGUGGCCGCUGCGCCGCACCAGCAGCUCCGGCAGUAGCAAUCGGGUCCACCCCGGCAGUAGCACUGGGCCCGGGGCUGUAGCAGUAGCCGAGGGCGAGCCGGCGCCGCAGGGGCUGGGCCCAGGGCCGGUGGCGGAGGCUUCAUCAUCGGGGGCAAAGCGCCUGCCGCCCACGCCUGAGAGUGACGGCGAGGGCGCUCAAUCCCGUUCAUCACUCCCGACAACGCACCCAAGCGAUGCGGUGGUGGACGCCGCGGCUGCUGUCACAACGCAUUCAGUGCCUGUGGCGGCGCCCUCGGCUCGGCCCGGCCUGCCGCCUCGUGGCGUUGGACUGCUACUGCCGCGGCGCUCCCCAGACACCGACACGAUUGCAGUGACAGACCCUGCAAGCGGCAGGGAAACUGUGGCAACCGGCGCUUCCUUCCAUGCAGCUUUGCCUGCCGCUGCGGCUGGUACCCCUGGCGAGACGGCGCCAGCCGAUUGCUUUUUUCCGCCGCAACCCACCGUGUUGGAUUGGCUCGAGGCACGUGGGGUUCCGCCCUCCGUGGUGCUGCGCCUGGCCCGGAGCGCGAUGGCAGCAGCUGUAGCCGCCACGGACGCCGCAACGCAGCAGCAGCAGCAACGGCAGGAACAACAGCAGCAACAGCUUUCGCUGUGGCUGCUGGCGGCGCGGCGGGCGGUUGCGCACGUGGUGCUGCUGCUGAGUGAGCCGUACGGCCUGUCCGGCGGCCACGUGGUGGCCCUCGUCAGUCAGUUGGACGAGAUGGCUGCAGCAGCCCCGGCCAGCAGGCCAGCUGUAGCAGCAGCAGCAGCAGCAGCAGCAGCAGCAGCAGCAGCAGCAGCAGCAGCAGCAGCAGCAGCAGCAGCAGCAGCAGCAGGGCUUGCUACAGCUGCUGCUACCACCUCCUGCCCGGGCGCUGCCGGGGCUCUUGAUGCACUGCUGCGGCACUGCGCAGCGGGCGCGUGCGGCCCCUCCACACUCCGAAGCAUGGCUGAGGCUGGCACCAGCCCCAUGGCCGUGUCGCUGCUGCUGUCGCUGGCACCGCAGCUGCCAACGCGGCUGCUGCCGCCCUGUGCCGAGGUGCAGCGACUGCACCCGAGCUUGGCAAACAAGCUACUGCGGCUGCAGCAGCAGCAUCUGCGGGGAGCGGAGCCGGCUUCACUUCCGGUGGCGGGGCCGACGGCUGGGUCGGCUGCGGGCGCGGUGGGAUGCUCCGAGGAGCUGACACGGGAGCUGCUGCAGGGCUGGCGCAAGGAGCGGUGGCGUAUGGCGUUCUGGGAGUCUCUCCUGCGCCCCACAGACCCGCUGCUACCCAGGCUGCGCGGCCUGCGCCUGCUGGCGCCCGGCUCCUUUGCACCUGCGCCCGCGCCCACACCCGCCCGGGCACUCGCCUGCGCCCUACACGCUCCCGGCUUGGCCGCUGCCGCCCAGUCGCACCGUCAUCACCGCUUCCCGGCAGUGCUGCGGGCCUGGUCAGCUUGGCGGCCGCACCGCUGGCCCCUGGCGGCCGUAGCGUGGACGGCGUGGGUGGCGUGGCUCGCCUGGCAGCGGCUGCGCGGCUGGGCUGUAGCAGCGGCUGCAGCGACGGGGGCAGCGGCAGUAGCAGCAGCCGGCCGUGGGCAGAGGCGGUGGCACCAGCUGCCGAACAAGCACAGUCGCGGCAGUAGCAGCGGCGCCUGGAGCCUCGCUGCUGCUGCGGGCGCCCAUGGUGCUACUGCCGCCCCUCCCGCCUCCAGGCGGGGUGCUACAGCCGCCGGCAGCAGCGGCAGUCAGCUGCUGCUGGUGCACCCGGUGCUCGGCGCCGCCAGCCUGCAGCUCGGCAGUAGCGGCAGUAGCGGGGCCGCUGAGGGGCUGUUGCAGGCGCUGGUCGGCAGUAGCGCGCCGCUGCCGUGCUACGGCUCACAGCUGGUCGGGGAGGUCACGCGCGCGCAGUGGGAGCUGUUCGGCUCCUGGCUUGCGCUGCUGGAGUUCGCACAGCGGCUGUUGGCACUGGCCGUGUGCGGCGCCAUGGCCGGGCUACUGCUGGGCCCCGGCGGCCUGCCCGCUGCCGCUCUAUCGCCUGCUGCAGCCGCGCUUCGUAGCAGCGACAGCGGUGGAGGCAGCGGCGUGUGGCCGUUCGGCAGCGGCGCACUGGAGGUGCCGUCAGGUGGCGGCGGCGGCAGCGGUGGCCGCGCCGCCGCCUCCUCCGUACUGUCGUGCGUGCUGCUGGCGUUGGCGAUUGGGGUUCUGUUAGAGCAGUUGGUCCUGGCGGCGGUACAGGGCGUACGGCGGUGGGCGGUACGGCCAGCCCACUGGCUUGAGCUGGCGGGCGGCGGUGUGCUGCCUGUGGCGUGCGUGGCGGCGCUGGCGGCGGCGCACGUGCCCGAGAAUGUGCGUCAUGUGGCAGCGCUGGCGGCGGUGACGGUGCUUGCGCUGGCGGCGCGCGUGGCGGCGGCGGUGCCACCGCUGAGCGCGGCGGCGUCGCUGGUGGCUGACCGGCUGCUGCUGGUGGGGAGGCAGAUGAGGUCGUACCUUCUCCUGCUUGUCUUCCUGGCGGCGCCCUUCCUGCUGGCCCUGGCGCUGCUGAUGCAGCCCACCGGCGACAAUAGCAACAGCACCCUGCGGGUUGCCAGUGGCAGUAGCACGGUGGGCGCCAUGGCUGGUGAACUGGUGGGCGGUGGCGUCAGUGGCGGCGGGCUGCACUGGCCCACACUGUACGACGAAGUAAUUGCCAGCAGUAGCAGCAACAGUGGCGGCGGUGCCUCUGCUACAGCCUGGUGGGAUGAGGGGCUUGCUACUGCCGCACUGGCGGCGUACGCGCUGCUGGCGGCGGCGCUGCUGCUACUGCUGGUGGCGGGCGCGGUGGCGGCGGUGGUACGACAGCAGGCGACGGCGGCGGCAUCGCACGGCGCGAGGUUGGCGCGGCGGCGGGCGGCGGUUAUUGUGGAGGCGAUUGAGGCCAUGCCACGCCGCACGGUGGCGGCGCUGGCGGCCGCGUGCAUGCCGGGUCCGUACCUGCACACGUGCGUGCCGGCGGCGGGCGCGAAGGUGUGUGAAGCUGCCGCUUUGUACGGCAGCGGCGAUGUUGAUGGCGACGGGGAUGCGGACGGCCGCUGCGGUGUUGCCGACGGCGGCGUGUGGGCUGGCGCGUACGCGUCCGGCUCGCUGGGUGGGGGCAGCAGUCCACCGCUGGGUGGCUUCGGCGUAGCAGUGGCGUCUCCGGUGUUGGCGCGGCGCAGCAGCCUCGUCACAAGCGGCUCGGCUGUAUCAGCUGCCUUGGGGGCUACCCACUACUACGGGUCGCACGGCAGUAGCAGGAGCACAUCGCCCUUCAGCGGCGCGGCCGGCGUAUCAGCGGCACACGGCGGCGGCGGCGGCAGCGAUAAAAAUGGGGCUCGUAGCUUUGCCUCGCCUCAGAGGCCGCCGCGCUCCGCCCUCAGUGUGCGGUUUGAGGAUGGUGUGUUGGCACGCCCCAGCCGAGUGCAACUGCCCAUGCAGCCCAUGCAGCCCAUGCAGCCCAUGCAGCGCAUGCAGCCCAUGCAGCCUGCACAGCUACUGCCCCAGCAGCAGCCGCCCUUCCCCAUGUCCAGCCAGCAGCAACUGCCGCUGCUGCCACCUCUGGCAGCGAGCGGCAGCGGCAGCGGAAGAAGCGGCCGCGGAGCGGCGCCGGUGCCGGCACAGAUGGCAGGGGCUGCGGGGCGGCACCCCUCUGCCGCCCCUGCGGUACUUCCUAGCGGUGGUGGUGGCGGUAGCGGUGGCGGUGGUGGAAGAGGCGCAGUGACGGUCGCCGAGGCAGGCGUCAAGCAGCGGCAGCAGCGGUCAGCUGAACGGCGCAGGAGCGGCACCGCCGCGUCCGCCACUGCAGCGAACACCACCGCUCAGUCCACAGCGGAUACCGGCACGACUCCUCAUCCCCACUACCAUCAUCAGUCCCGCUCUGACCCGGGAGAGCAGCCCAGCGCUGGGCCAGGGGCGGUGGGAGGCGAGGCGGCGCUGCCUAGGCGGCGCCGAAGCAGCAGCGGCGGCGGCGGAGCCGCCUCAACUUUGGGCGCAGCCACUUCCGGCGGUAGCCGAACAGGUGUCGUUACGGUGACUCCUACAGCUGGCCACCAGGACCACUGUAAAGUGCCUGACGUGUUCCCUACGUCGGCGAUUGGCUCCGCUGCGGAUGCUUGGUCCCGGAAUUCGUCUGCGGGCGGAGCGCCGUCAUUCUCCGCAUUGCCGUACAUCACCCCGGCGGCGGCUGGCUUGGCGGCGGCGGCGGCGGCGGCGGCGGCGGCUGGCUUGGCGGCUGGCGGCAGUCGUGGCGCUUAGUCAUGGCGGCGGACACGCGUGCUGAGGGGCUGCGGAUGUAGUAACACCUGCCGUGUGUGUGGCGGCAGGGAGCGGGAGCCGUUCACGGAGGCAGCCCCGGACUGGUCAAGGCUGUGGCUAGCGGAGCGCAGAGUGGCUGACGUGAAGGGUGGUUAGGCUGCUUAAUCAGAGAAUAGCGGUGCAUGUCAUAAUGGCUUGCACAUUUUGCAUUUCGUUCAUGUUGCUUCAUUCAAGAGUUCUGCGGGGGCACCGGUCCGACGCACUCAUGCCCAGUACGCCGCAGGAUGUGUCGCAUACAUCAUGGAUGCAUGCGUGCUGCAAUUUUGCCUGGAUUGGUGCAUUCGCCAGUAUUGAAUAUUCUUCAUGCGCUGUUAGGGCAUAUCGUACACACAGCAUGUGAAAGUACAUGCUGUUUGAGCGGGUAGGAACGGGUUGACUUGAGCGUGUUGAGCGAGCGAGCUGUAGCACGGCUAGUAGACUGGCAUCGUUGUGGACAGGCACGUAUCUGCCACCCCCGUGCCGUGCAUCUACCGCGCAUAUUUACAGUUGUCAGGCUUAACUCAUUCAUGGCAAUGGGUUAAGGGCAGGCGUGGGCGCACGCGUAUCUUGCGCUGGCAGCAAGGUAGCGCACCGUGGUGAAAGGCAGGAGGAGAGUGAAGUGAUGACGUGAACCGGGUCCUGGAGGGCGCGCGCGAUUUGGUGGGCCGGAGGGUCGGCGGUGCUGGGCCCAGGCCCCAGGGCUGCGGGUGGCAGCGGAACCGGUUGUAACCUGCACGUUUC